AUGAAUCAAAUUAUCGCGUUGAUCGGGCUAACGAUGUUCGCUGGAACGGUUUUUGCGGGUCACCUGGACGAAGACCACGGUCACUCGACCUACGAGGAAAAGUCGAGGCCAGUGGAGAUACCAAUCUAUAAAAAAUAUGCGAUCCCGAUACCUCAUCCAGUGCCGGUCGAGAUACCUCAAAAGAUAGAAAUCCCGAUCCCGCAGCCGCAAAAUGUCCCCAUCGAGAUUCCUCAGCCAUACCCGGUGGAAGUCGUCAAAGAAGUCGAAGUCCCUAUUGAGAAACCAGAACCAGUUAUCGUCGAGAAGCAUGUACCUUUUGUGGUGGAGAAGCCGUAUCCGGUGUACGUGGAGAAGAAAUUCCCUAUUCCCGUCGCCAAGCCGUAUCCGGUUCAUGUUCCAGUCUACAAGCACGUAUUCCAUUACACCUCCAAGAGCAAAGGAUGGCACUAA